ACCAGAGCUUCAACCUCCCCAUGUUGCAAGACGUGUAUCUCAACAAAAACGAGCUCGCCGGCACGGUGCCACCAGGCUUUGGGGCGUGCAAGUACCUAUAGAACUUCAUUCUGUCAUACAACCGCUUCACCGGUGGAAUACCGAUGUGGUUGUCAACCUUGCCGGAGUUGACGACGAUCUCCCUAGGUGGUAACGACCUUUCCGGCGAGAUCCCCGCCGACUUGAGCAACAUUACCGGCCUCACCGUGCUAGACUUCACCACGAGUAAGCUGCAUGGGGAGAUCCCACCGGAGCUGGGCAGGUUGGCGCAGCUGCAGUGGCUGAACCUCGAAAUGAACAACUUGACAGGUACCAUUCCGGCCUCCAUCAAGAACAUGUCUAUGCUCUCCAUCCUUGACAUAUCCUACAACUCCCUGACUGGAUCUGUUCCACGAAAAAUAUUUGGGGAAUCUCUUACCGAGCUCUACAUCGAUGAGAAUAAGCUCAGUGGAGAUGUCGAUUUCAUGGCCGACUUGUCAGGUUGCAAGAGCCUCAAAUACAUCGUCAUGAACAAUAAUUACUUUACCGGUAGCUUCCCCAGCUCUAUGAUGGUGAACCUCUCCUCCCUUGAGAUCUUUCGAGCAUUUGAGAACCAAAUAACCGGACACAUCCCUAGUAUCCCGACACAUCAGAGCAGCAUCUCGUUCAUUGAUCUUCGUGACAACCGAUUAAGUGGGGAAAUUCCAAAAUCAAUCACGGAAAUGAAGAAUAUUAGAGGUCUUGACUUGUCUAGCAAUAAGUUGUCUGGGAUUAUCCCCGUACACAUCGGCAAAUUGACAAAGUUGUUUAGCUUGGGCUUGUCCAACAACAAACUCCACGGCUCUAUACCAGAUAGCAUUGGAAACCUGAGCCAGCUACAAAUAUUAGGAUUAUCAAAUAACCAGUUCACUUCAGCAAUACCCCUGGGGCUAUGGGGUCUUGGGAAUAUUGUGAAACUUGAUCUGUCUCACAAUGCCUUGAGCGGCUCUUUCUCGGAAGGUAUUCAAAAUCUGAAAGCAAUAACUUUUAUGGACCUUUCUUCCAACCAACUCCAUGGCAAAAUACCACUUUCACUGGGAAUGCUCAAUACACUGACCUACCUAAAUUUAUCAAAGAACAUGCUCCAAGAUCAAGUACCAAAUGCAAUUGGUAAUAAGCUAAGUAGCAUGAAAACCUUGGAUCUUUCAUACAACUCCCUGUCUGGUACAAUUCCAAAGUCCUUUGCCAAUCUCAGUUAUCUCACAAGCCUAAAUCUCUCUUUCAAUAAACUGUAUGGACAAAUCCCAGAGGGCGGUGUGUUCUUAAACAUCACUCUACAAUCAUUGGAAGGGAACACUGCACUGUGUGGCCUGCCACGCCUUGGGUUCCCACGCUGCCCAAAUGAUGAGUCCAACCAUCGCCAUCGAUCUGGUGUCAUAAAAUUUAUACUUCCAAGUGUUGUAGCAGCCACUAUAAUAGGAGCUUGCUUGUUCAUCCUGAUCAGAACUCAUGUCAACAAGAGGUCAAAGAAGAUGCUAGUCGCUAGCGAGGAGGCAAACAACUACAUGACAGUCUCCUACUUUGAACUUGCUCGUGCCACAAAUAACUUCGACAAUGAUAACCUGCUAGGAACUGGAAGCUUUGGGAAAGUAUUCAGAGGCAUACUGGAUGAUGGGCAAAUUGUGGCGAUAAAAGUCCUAAACAUGGAACUGGAAAGAGCCACUAUGAGCUUUGAUGUUGAGUGUCGUGCACUUCGUAUGGCUCGACACCGAAACUUGGUUAGGAUACUCACCACCUGCUCCAAUCUUGACUUCAAGGCACUAGUGCUCCCAUACAUGCCAAACGGGAGCCUAGAUGAGUGGCUGUUCCCUAGUAACCGUCGUGGGCUAGGAUUGUCCCAGAGGAUGAGCAUCAUGUUAGAUGUGGCUCUGGCACUGGCUUACCUUCACCAUGAGCACUUGGAGGCAGUCCUGCAUUGUGACCUCAAGCCGAGCAAUGUGUUACUUGAUCAAGAUAUGACGGCUCGCGUAGCCGACUUCGGCAUUGCAAGGUUGCUGUUGGGCGAUGAUACUUCCAUAGUUUCGAGGAACUUGCAUGGAACAAUUGGUUAUAUGGCACCAGAGUAUGCUUCAACCGGUAAAGCGUCAAGGAAGAGUGAUGUUUUUAGCUAUGGGAUAAUGCUUCUCGAAGUCAUCACUGAGAAGAAGCCCACCAACACCAUGUUCAGCGAAGAGCUAAGCCUGAGAGAGUGGGUCAGCCAAGCUAUUCCGUCAAGACUUGCUCAUGUCGUGGACCAUACCAUCCUUCUUCUAGACGAGGAGGCAAGAAGCAGUGGAGAUGUCCAACGCGCCAGCUGGUCAUCUUGCCAAGGAUCUGGAUCUCCCAGUGGGUGGAGCUGCGUAGCGCAGAUAUUGGACCUGGGUUUACAGUGCUCCUGUGACUUGCCUGAGGAGAGGCUGUCAAUGAAGGAUGUGGCUGCCAAGCUCGCACGGAUCAGAGAAAGUUUACUAUCCUCCAGCUGAUUGGGUCUCCAACUGAAGGCAUGGUGAUUGGAGCAGGCAACUACAAAACGCAUUUGCAGUUUCAGGCCCAUAUGCAGCUUGAGCUCUGCAGAUUUGUUGUUCACUCGUCCGUAGAUUUUUGUUUUA